CCCCUCCCCACCUCCUCAGUGUCCCUCCCCCCCAUCAAAACCACCCUCAAAGACACCACCACCCGCGUCACCCUCUACCCCAUCACCGCGGGCCCGUCCUCCCUCCCCCCCUCCCUGCUGCACUACCUCCACGAGCAAUUCUCCCUCGAGAUCCAGAACGGAUGCACCUACCCCAUGGAGGAGGCCAUGGGGUUCGACCUGUAUUGCAGUUAUUGGUUUGGGACGUUUGCUGUUAUUGCGGUGCUGGAUUGGGUUGAGGGGGAGGAAGUGGAGAAGGAUGAGCUGGGGCUGGGACUGGGGCUGGGGCUGGGGCUGAGGGAGGGCCGCGAUUGGGAGAAGGCGUGUUUGGGGACGUUUUAUGUGAAGCCGAAUUAUCCUGGACGUUGCUCCCACGUCUGCAACGGGGGCUUCUUCACGACGCCCGCAGCGCGGAAUCGCGGCGUGGGGAAUGUCAUGGGGGCCGCUUAUCUGGAGGUAGCCCCAAAACUGGGAUACAAGUACUCCGUCUUCAACCUCGUGUUUGCGAAUAACCUCGCCUCGGUCCGGAUCUGGGAGAAGCUGGGCUUCCAAGUCAUCGGACGCGUGCCUGGCGCGGCCCGGCUGGCGAAUAGUGCCGAGUUGGUGGAUGCGCUGAUUAUUGGGAGGGAGUUGGUAUAG